GCAGUGCUUCUGUCUGUACUCUGAUAACCUGAGUCACGUCACCACUGUGAAUGUGGCUGUGACAUAAUAUUCUGUGAUUAACCAUCACAAGACCUGCCAGCCCCUCUCCCCUCCCUUCCUCUCCCUGCCAUGUAGUAUAGAGGAGAGGGAGGGGAUGGGGAGAGGCAUGCAGACAGGGCGGAGCAGGCAGCCUGGCUCCCUGGAUGGGCGUGCAGAGCAGCUAUAAACCCUUGUGAUGUCAGCAGGCUCUGCAUACUUGUAAUUUGUGGGGCUCCUUUGUGUGUGGUUGGCUGUGCUGCAGCGUUGCUCUCUCGCUCGAGGAUUGUGUGCUGCUGGGUCUAUCUGGAGACAAGGGCUGCUUGGAGAGGAAACAAGGAGCCAUGAUGGUAGAUCACUCCUGUGGAAGGCUCCUGCUCCUGGGCUGCCUGCAGCUCCUGGUAAGAUCCUGCUGUUUCAUCCUUUUGUUCUCUGCCUGGAAUGUGGCCACGUGAAACCCCUCCAUGUCCCACGUAGGCUGAACCUGUUGCAAUGUUACCGUUCUGAUCUCCGCGUUCCAAGAUUCCACGUGUUCUAUCAGAACCUCGAACAGCUGUUACCCACUGCUGGCUAUCCAAUGGGGGGGGGGGAGGGGGGAGGACGACAUCUGCUGAUAGUGAUUGAUCAGGAGUUUGGCUGUCACAUUGCUUUGGGGUGUGAUCAUGUCAUUAUACCUUCUAUAGUCAAUGCAGCAAGCUGUAUGUACCUGGCUGUUUAAUAGAAGCUUCUUUUUUGACAAAUCCAUUUAUUGGGGUUUAUGGAAGUCCUUACCAUAAUUGGGUUGAAGAGGUUCUGCAGCAGCAGAUGGGUGUAGUGCAUUAAGUAAAUCGGUGUUUGAUUGCUGUUGUGCUGCCUAACCCCAGGGUCAAAGGUCCCCAAAUUCUGUUCCCCAUCCUAUUUUUAAUAGUCCCCAUGUGGUGGAACAGGCAUCCCCCUAUUCUUUAGGCCACCGGCAGCUUCCUAUUGCAGCUCUUGCUUCCCCCACUGCAAUGGAGACCCCUGCACUGGGAAGUGACUAAUGAAGGUGUUUUGCAGAUUUCUUCCCUAUUUCAGUUGAAGAUUGGGGUCAUUGAGCUAAUUCUACAAAUGGCAUGUAGGUCACAGAGCGGCUGCUUUUGUAGAUCAUCGGGGCCCCUGCUAGAAAAGGUUAAGAAACCAUAAAUUAAUUGUAUCCUGUUGGUUAAUGCAACCCACGCCCCAUACAUCCUAAGAGCAGGCCAUUCUGCACAUUCAUGGCCUCUGUUAAUUCCCCUGUUUCUUUGUUCCUCCCCUGUGUCAAGAUCACGUUCGUUGUGUUGUACAAGCGUACACAUCAUUACGGCUAAUGGUGUGUAAUGACGUGUAUUGGUGUUCUGUUUUAAGUAAUUAAACCGUGUUGAUAGCUGUUGGAACCAACAUUACUUACCUGAUCCUUGUAAUGCUAAUACAGGAGUGCCCGUCCAAACCGUAAAUUCUCCAAUAUCGUAGAUCUAAAAUUCCCUUCCCACCACCCCAUAUUAUAUUUUGUAUUUGCUCAGUCUAUCUAUUUAAUAUCUCAUGUGCAAAAAAAUAAUUGUCAAUCAUAUUCUAGAAAUCCAGAUUUAAAAUUCCUAUAUGGAUUACCAUAAAAUUGCCACAUGGCAAAAUCUUCUCAACAGUUGUAGAUGCAUAAUUCUAUAUCUCCUUUACUGGCAUGUUGUUCUCACGGCUAGUAAGCCAUCAACGCUCCUUCUUCUUGGAAGAAUAACUUUGGGAUAAGCGGAACACAGGUACCCUUAGACAAGAAGAAAACUUGGGGCAUUAAAACCAACUUAAACUUAACGUGUUGAGCCGUACCACUUCUAAGGGAUUUUAAGUGACUGUUUCAGCUAAAAGGUUUUGGUUAUACAAUUCUUUAACCAUACAGACUUUUCCAUGUUUAGAAAACCUUGAAGUUGCUAAAGUAGGCAUGCCAAAGCGUGUGCCCAGCCACGAUCUAGCACAGGACCAAGUUGCCCUUCUAGGUAAAGGUUAGAUGGUAAUGUUAUCUUGAUGCACACCCUAAUGCAUUGAUAGACCUUCUUUGGACCUGAUGUUGUGCACUAAAUCUCUCAAAAUGCUCUUACAGACAUAAUGCUAGCAAAGAAUUAGGGGUGAUGUAGUCCAUACCAUCUGAAGUGUCGGAGGUUGUCUACCACUGCCCUAAUGUAAAGUGUUGCACAAGCCUACGACUGAGAUGUAAUACCCAAAAGCUUCCUUUUUGGAGUUAACCUAAUCGGUGCCUUGUGAACUUCCCUGGUGCCCAGCAGUAAUGACCAGUACAGUAGUUAUAUGUCCGGCAGUCCAAAAAUGCUGAUAUGGACUUCAGCAAUGCUGCUCUGUAAAUCUCAAAAUAGACACUUUAGGGUGCCAAUUUCUGCAUUUGCGGACGAUCAGAUGACCAUAUUUGCUGCGGUUAACCAGAGUUCUAGACUAAAACAGAAAUGGCUAUGCAUUUGCUUGCAGUUUGGCUAGUACAACUUUAUAUUCUAAAAUAUUAAAGGAACCCUUUAGGUGCCCACACCUCUUCAUCUCAAUGUAGUGAUGUGGGUGCAGUGGUCAUUCAGUUUUAACCCUGCAAUGUAAAACUUUGCAGGGUUAAAUCCACUUCUAGUGGCUGCCUUCCUGACUGCCACUAGAAUAAAAUUCAUUCUGGGAAUCCAAUGCAGCUAAUGGCAGCAUUUGAUUGGAGGAGCGCAGCAUUUGACCGCGCAUGCGUAACUCCAAUCCUUCGCAUUCGAGGUGAUCUGCUGACGUCACUGAAGGAGUGGCUGGAAAGCAGGUGACUAACACUCCUUAUUAAACUAGAGGGGAGUGAACUGAGGGAGCCCUAUACAGGGUUAUGCACUAAAGUGAGAAUUUAAAAGACCACUUUAGUCACCCAGACCACUUCAGCUCAAUGAAGUGGUCUGGGUGCCAGGUCCCCCAGGUUUUAACCCUGGAGCUGUAAACAUAGCAGUUUCAGAAUUAAUCCAGCCUCUAGUGGUGCUUUCGUGAUGCUGAAUGCAAAAUUUGCAUUGAGCACGCAGAAUGUCCAUAGUAAUGCUUUCCUAUGGGUUGUUUAAAUGUGCGCGCAGCUCUGGCAGCGCAUUUGACUCUACUGAGCGGACGUCAGAGGGGGAGGAGAGGUCACCAGCGCCGAGGGAGCCCGGUGCUGGAUUAAGGCAAGUGGCUGAAGGGGUUUUAACCCCUUCAGCCCAGCGGGAGGGGGGCCCUGAGUGUGGUGGGGGGACCUAAGGACUAUAUAGUACCAGGAAAACAAGUUUGUUUUCCUGGCACUACAGUGGUCCUUUAAAAUUACAGGUCAAAAUAUCUGAAUUGGACAAAUUCUCUAAAUCAGGUAUGUGUCUGGAUUGGCUACUUUAGCCUAAAACUUGACAUUCGCUUUGAAUUUUUUACUUUAGUGAAUAACCCUGAAAUAAUGAUUGUUUUGGGCUCUAUAGGUUCCCUUUACAUAAGGGUGAUUAACAGGGGGAGGGUUCUUUGGUUUCCUUGGCAAAAAGGUUCUUGCAUACAGUACUUGCAACAUUUCAAAGUUCUGUGGUUAUUGAAUUGGAGGGAGCUAUGUAGCCCUUCAAACUGCAUCAACUUACCCAGCUGCUCAGUUUAUAUUUAGUGACGAGGUCAGGUUGGCUUUCAAGAGUUGAACUUAUGGCUUGAAACCAAAUCAAUACAGAUCCAGCCAAAUAAUUUCCUGUUUCUUUAUCGAUAAGCCAUAGACCCCACACCUACAGUGGUGGAUGUGGGGGUGGGUGUGUGUGUGUGUGUGUGUGUGUCAGUGUCAUAAUUUAUAAAGGGUUUUUGUUUUUUAUUUAUUUUAGAUUUCUGUAACCCUGGCUGAUGACGAUGACUGUAAAAACUCGAAGUACGUAUUUUUGUUAUAAUUUUAUUAUUUUCUUCCACGUCACAUUUCAUUGUAGAGUGUAACGGAAUGCUGACUUUAAUGUUUUUAUCUAUUUCAGAAAUUGCCCCCCAUCAACUAAUUGGGUCAACUUGUGGUAUGUUUGGUAAGUCCCAUUCUGUGCCUGUAAUAUUGUGCUAAAUCUGGCUUGUGCUAUAGAGCAUUACUAUUUUAUUUUAUUUUGUCACAAUGCCCAACAAUAUUUGUAAUGUGCUGACUGAGCCAAGAUCGCCUACUCUGUUUGAGUAUUUAUAAAACAUUUUAUGUAAAAUCUGUCUGAUAUGGGCAGGUCUACCUCUGUUGUAUAGCUCUGUUGACUAUAUAUUUGCACUUUUAAAGUAUGUACAUUUUAUUUAUUUAUAUAUAUAUAUAUUUUUUUUUUAUUUUAUAUUUUUUUUUUAUAAAUAGAAUCUUAAAUAAAUUGGUUUCCUAUUCAACAUCAACAGUGCGAUAGAAUAGGGGCUGAUCUCUUCACUUGCAAACUGAAAGCAUUUGGGAAGCGGAGUUUAUUUUGUUAAAAGCAUGAGUGUUUGUUUGCACAGCCUCUUUUAGCCUCUGUUCAUUGCUUUUUGCCUUUAUUUUGCCAUCUGCUUGUUGGCAACCCCUUCAAAUUGCUAUUAAAAGCUGAACCAAAAAUAAACUCCUGUCAUUUGACACCAACAGUGUAUCACAUGAACACAAUCUGCCACAUGUUUGGAUUACUCCAGCUUUCAGGCCCAUCCAUGACAGACUGCGUCAUCUGACAGCCUACAAUUCAAAUGCGUCUCUGCACCCCUUUUUUUUUUUUUUUCUUUUUUUGCAAGGAUUCAUGUUGUAGUCUUGCGAACAAUUUUUGAUAUUCCCUGAUGUACUUUGGCAUAUAAUUCAGUUGGAGGUGUUCUCCAAAAGGGAGACAAACUACUACAUUCACAGGAAGGUUUACAGGAAGGUUUCUUUCACUUGUGCUUUAAAAACUAUUAGUAGGAAAAGCCACCUGGCCUUUUACACCAGAUGUGACCUGGUUUACUUAUUAGUUAGGAUAACUUUUAUUUAUUUUUUCCAAAUAGUGCCAAAAUGGGGGUCCGGAGGAGGGGGAUGUCAAUUGUUAUAUAGGCAGCAAUCCAGUAGCUAAAUGGAAAGAAUGCUUGCCAUGCACAUUAAAGGAACAGUCUAAGUACCAUAACCACUAUCAAACGCUCUAGUGGAAGUGUUUGACAUACCUGUAUCUCUAUCCUUGUAUAUUCUGUAACGUUUCUAAGGCUUACAGUAAGGCUUUCCUCCUGAAAAGCAACAUCUUAGUCCUUACAUUUAACCUUCAUGUGCUUUAGAGAUUUGCACAUCUGUUGGUAGUAAUCUAUAUACAUUUAUUAAUCCAGGUGUGUAAAAGUUAAUGUUUCUGAAAUGAAUGAGGAAGUAAUUUGUUAUAUCGGCAUAUGUUCUGUACUGGUAACAAAUACAUAGACUUUGUCACUUACCUAUAGCCUCUUUAGGAAGCCCUUUCUGCUUAUCUUUUACCUAAUUAUGAAUUUCCUGUUAAAUGUCAGGAUUUGAUUGUUGUGCAUUUCCACCACCCACUCCCCAUAUAGGCUAAUUGUAGGUAAUCUGUAAGUUGCAAUUGGUGCAAAGUUCUGAAUGUGUAAACCGUUUACAGGAAGAUUACGUUGCUCUGUUAAAUAUUGAUCUGAAGAUUGGCCAUAGUUUCAAAGGGGAGAGGGGGGAGAGAGUUACGUAACAAUAUUUUUUACUGCUUUUUCCUUUAAUGGCCCCCUGUCUGCAGCAUCCCUCCCUACUAGAACAGUCUCUUGGCACUGUAGUGGUAGGGUCUCUGAUUGCCUUGAUACUACCAGCCAUCUUACUGAACACAUUGGGGACUGCAUGCAAUCUGUAGAAACUAGCCUGCUACAUCUAGUGUUAGACUUGUUAUCCCUGUUCAUAGUGGCCCCUGGAGCAAUUUAUUAAACCAAUUUUUAAAAGUAUGUCAACUGGCCACUAGAUUAUUAUUUAUUAAUAUAGCGCCGACAUUCUGUAGCGUUUUACAUUAUUAUGAGAGGGGGGAAUUUAACUAUAAAUAGGACAAUUACAAGAAAACUUACAGGAAUGAUACUUUGAAGAGGACCCUGUUCAAGUGAACUUACAGUCUAGCUUAUAAAUAGAAACUUUACAUCACUAAUCUAAAACUAUGGACCUGUGAUGGUGGCCAGACAGCCUUGGAGGGUUACUUGAACAAAUGUUUGUUUAUUUUAUAUAGAGAAAUAAACCUAUAAAAUCAAAAAGGACCACAAGUGGUGCAGACCAAAAAACACCAAAUAGCUAGUGUACAAAUGCACUCACCAGCAUAAAUGUAAAGGACCACUAUAGGCACCCAGACCACUUCAGCUCAAUUAAGUGGUCUGGGUGCCAGCUCCAUCUAGGGUUAACCCUGCCUGCUGUAAACAUAGCAGUCUCAGAGAAACUGCUAUGUUUGCAUAUGGGUUAAUCCAGCGUCUAGUGGCUGUCUCAUUGACCGCCACUAGAGGCGCUUCCAUGCUUAUCACUGUGAUAAGACGCCAGCGUCCAUAGGAAAGCAUUGCGAAUGCUUUCCUAUGGACUGGCUGAAUGUGCGCGGCUCUUGACGCGGAUGCGCAUUCAGCCGAUGACAUCAGAAGAGGGAGGAGAGUCCCCAGCGCCGAGGGAGCCCAGCGCUGGAGAAAGGUGAGUGUUUAACCCCCUUCAGCCCAGCGGCAGUGGGACCCUGAGGGUAGGGGCACCCUCAGGGCACUGUAGUGCCAGGAAAACGAGUUUUUUCCUGGCACUAUAGUGGUCCUUUAACCCCUUAAGGACCAAACUUCUGGAAUAAAAUGGAAUCCUGACAUGUCGUGUCCUUAAGGGGUUAAAGCAGGCAGAAUAUGAAGUUAUUGGUAGAACUUCUUUCUCUUCUACUUUUCAACUUCUGUGAUUGUUAGGAGAGAAGAAACAAAACAUAGUGCAACAUGAUAUAACACCAAAAAGAACACUUUAUUUUAUGCACUCACAAGAUAAUUAAAGUAAAAGCCCAUCACAGUUUCUUUACUCUCAGAAGAAAUUCUGUAUACAACCUCCAGGACCCAAUCAGUAAAACACAGAAAAAAAAACUCUUUUCACCCUAUGCGUUUCAUCUAUAGACUUCUUCAGGGAAUUCAGCAUGUCUGACAAUUCUACCAAAUCCUGGGUUUAAAAACCCUGGUCUGCGCCUCCCAAAUUGCCUCACAGCCAAUCUGGAUGGAGCUGGUCCACCUGAUGUCAAGAAUCCUUCUGGUUUCAAAAGUCAAAGGUGGCAGACUUCUUUCUAUUCUGCAGUGGAAAGCAUAUGCGUUCCAUUUUCAUUUAAGUUUGAAUCCACAAAAGUCUCUUCACAAAACCAAUUCUCAAAGUCCAUAAAUAAGAAAAUGUAACAUACAUGAAACAGGUUUUAAAAAAAAUCUGAUAUGAAUAUUUUUAGUGUUAUAAUAAUCAUUAAUAACAAGAGAAGAGAGAGAGAGAGAGAGAGAGGGGUCCUAGACCUAAAACUUUCUUAUAAAUUUUUUUUUUUUUUUUUUUAUAAAUCAUAUCAACAUUAAGACCAUCAGCCUGCAUGGUAUAAAUACAGAAACCCUCUCCCUGUCUUAACUUUAAAACUAAAGCAUGUGGGGUAGACCGAACUUAACUUGCAAGAAGAGAAAUCAGACACUCUGGCUUGGACGAGAAAUUGCAAAGUGUUGCCAAACUCUGUACACUAGCACGAGGCUAGCGCAUGCAUAAUGUAAGGAGAACAAAUUUAAAGGACAAGCUAUACCAAAGCGGAAAUGACAAGUGAUCCUUGUUUCUCAGUCAUUGGCAUUUCAUAUAUAAAAAUACCUUGUUAAACCAUAAAUUUGUGCUGGAGCUGCGGACAGCUACAGUCUUACAUCUUACUGAUGUAUUCUAUAAGGUGAGAAUUAAAAGUGAAUUUCACAUUUAAGGCAAAAUUAGUCAAAUAGAAAAGUCGGCUAUGGUUUGAAAUAUAGCUUUGUGUUCACAUUAAAUUCUCACUCUGGUGAAUAAACCUGUUAGUACAUCCCUUGUAACAUUGUAUACAGUUGCAAAUAAAGCCUCUGUAAACUGAGAGAAUUUUAUUUUUAUAUACGGUGUAUAUAUAUUAUCUCAGUCAGUUUACAGAGGCUUUAUUUGCAACUGUAUACAAUGUUACAAGGGAUGUACUAACAGGUUUAUUCACCAGAGUGAGAAUUUAAUAUUUAUAUAUUUUUAUUUUAGUAAACUUACUAGUCUUGCUGCAGCUGUAAUGCUCAUAAGAAGUGCUAGCUUGUAAGGCAAACUUCUUUUCGGUUUGACGGACUCCCAGGAAAAAUGGUUAAUGGCAAUUUUACAUUUUAUUGGGCGUCGUACACUUGUCCGUAAAGUGGUUGGGCUGUUUUCUAAAAGAAUGAACAGAAACCCAUUCACUUCACUUCUGGAUGUACAAGGGAGAUCCAUCGAAAUCUAAAAAGGAUCUAUUUUCCCUCUAAUUGGCAUUUAUUUAAUAAUGUCUUUACAUGUAUCUGUUUGCACCCAAAAUAGCACCUGUACUGCCUUGAUAAAUCAUCCCCUUCUAAUGUCUAUUAAUUCAAAAUCCAAACUUGCAGACACAUUUCUUAAUUACUUCAAGUGGACAUGGUCUGUAAGGAGAUCUAUAGUAUAUAGAUCUAUAUUUAAAGACCAUGUGUUUUUUUGCUUUUAGUUUCAGUAAUGUGAUGCAUGUAGUUUAUAAAAUUUUCCAUUUUUUUUUUUAAAAAAACACAAUAGAUUUGUGUUUUUUAAAAUCCCUUAAGUGCAUGUGUAACCACUCCCCUUUAUUUAUUUUUUUAAUUCUACAGACAUGCUGUAAAUUACAUUUUACCUUGGAAACUUUUUUUACUGAUCCGACUUCUACAGAUCAGCUAUUUUUAUAUAUAUAUAUUUUUUUUUUUUUUUUCCUGCAACUGACAUUCAAAAGCUGUGUGGAGUGUUUUUAUUUUAUUUAUUUAUUUUUUUACCUACACCUUGCUCUGCUCCUUGAAGUGUACCGUAAAAAUCGUAAUGCUUGGAAAUUGGUUGAAGUCAUGUCUUGUCGACAUGCAACAUUUUUAAUCCUACAUAUAACUGCACCCAAAUAGUAAUUCUAUUAGUACAUAUUCCACAAACCUGUUUAAAAUAGAUUUGACAUGGAUCUGCUCAAUAGUUUAACGUUUGUGUUUUUUUUUUUUAUUAUUAUUAUUAUUAUUAUUAUUAUUAUUAUUAUUAUAUAACUUCUCUGUACAAAUGUUGUUAUAGCUGUAUGUGUCUGUAUGUAAAUUGUCCUCUGUAAUCCUACUGGUUCCGAAUACCAACACGGCUAAUCCUUUAGUUCGGGGUUGUUGCUGAUUUUGGACAGUAGUAACGACACUGUAACCUUCUCUGCCAGAUGUUAUCUGUGCUCUGUCAUCUAGUGUCAUGCAGCCAAACAUGAAUUAGAAUGGUCCAGUGCAUUUGUUCUGUUAUUUCAAACGGCGCUUACAUGAAAAAGCAUUGCAUACAGAGUCUGUCUGUGACCGGCUAGUCUCACUGGGAACUUUUUUUUUUUUUCUGUCUGUUUAUAUAAACUCACAAAUCAUUGAAGUCCUCCUUUCUUUCUCUGCAGGCUGAUUCUGGUUACAAUCUUUCUUGUUCUCCUGUGUGGAACCACUGCCAGUUGCAUAAAGUUCUGUUGCUUGAAGAAAAAGCCUCCUGUCCAGGCAAUUCCUACUCACCCUUAUGAAGUAACUGUUAUUGCCAUGGAUAAUGAGAGCACAAUCCACAGCACUGUUACCUGUAAGUAAUCCGGGGACUUGUAACUGCUCUAAAUAUACCCAUCAGAGCAACGCCGUAGGCACCACAAUCACAAAGCGUUUUGGAAUGGUUUGACUUCUUAGCUAGGGUUUUUUUGGGUGCUGGUCCCUGCUCCAUUAACCCAAUUAGAAUCUCUGCCUGAACUAAGCCCAGCAGUGCAGAGAGUGAUUAGCCAAUGAUACACUGCUACGUCGUAAUCAGGAGCUUCUGCUGAGUUAGUGGGGGUGGGAAACUGCAUCUCAGACAUUUGGUAAGUUAGAUUGUUCUAAAACCAUUUCGCUACUUAAAGGACCAUUCUAGGCACCCAGACCACUUCAGCUUAAUGAAGUGGUCUGGGUGCCAGGUUCCUCUAGGAUUAACUUUUUUAUAUAUAUAAAAUCUAUAUCAGUUUUAGAGAAACUGCUAUGUUUAUAAAUGGGUUAAUCCAGCCUCCAAAUCCUCUAGCGGCGGUCUCAUUGACAGCCGCUAGAGGCGCUUGCGUGAUUCUCACUGUGAAAAUCAGUUAGAACACGCAAGCGUCCAUAGGAAAGCAUUGUAAAUGCUUUCCUAUGAGACCGGCUGAAUGCACGUGCAGCCAGCCGAAAGGGAGGAGAGGAGAGCUCCCCGCCUGGCGCUGGGGAAAAAAAGUAAGUUUUUCCUCUCCCCAGAGCCGGGUAGAGGCACCCUCAGGGCACUAUAGUGCCAGGAAAACGAGUGUUUUCCUGGCACUAUAGUGGUCCUUUAAAAUGGGAUAUAGCCGGGUGCUCCUGGCACCAUAAUUACUGCAGUGAGCUCUAGGAGCUAUGGUGCUUGAAAAGUUUAUAAUACAAAUAUAUAUUGUAUAAGUGAUGGCUAACUGGCUCUUGAAAUGCUUUAGGACUACCCCAUAGGAAAGCAUUGGAUCAAUGCUUUCCUAUGCGGGUUUUAGCCGACACUGGAUGUUCUCAUGAAAAGUGUGACGUCCAGUGUCAGCCAGCCUAAUGACACGAAAGCACCUCUAGUGUAUGUCUGGUACCGUGUUUCCCCGAAAAUACACCCUACCCCGAAAAUAAGCCCUAGCUGAAUUUUCGGGGUGGGCUGCAAUAUAAGCCCUACCCCGAAAAUAAGACCUAGGCAUUGUACCUUUCGGCCCGGCGGGACUUCCUUCUUCUAUGAGGAGGAGCGUUGCAGGCCGCGGCAACGUGAUGACGACGUGCGCAGCGUCGUCAGUCUGCCUUCACGGAUCUUCAGCGGAAGGAUCCAUUUCCGGGCGGUGAGGCACCCAGUGGUCGGACUCGGCGGGCAAGGAAGGCAUCUUUGAAAUGUGAGUAGAUAUUUUAUGUCUGGGACUGAAUUAAUUAAAGGGGGCGAUGAAUUAAUUAAAGGAGGCGGUGAAUUAAUUAAAGGAGGGGCUGGAUUAAUUAGAGGGGGGUGGAUUUAUUAAAGGGGGGUUGGAUUAAUUAAACGGGGGGUGGAUUUAUUAGAGGGGGUGGAUUUAUUAAAGGAGGGGUGGAUUUAUUAGAGGGGGGUGGAUUAAUUAGAGGGGGGGGGAUUAAUUAGAGGGGGGUGGAUUAAUUAAAGGAGGGGUGGAUUAAUUAAAGGAGGGGUGGAUUAAUUAAAGGAGGGGGUGGAUUAAUUAAGGAGGGUGGAUUAAUUAAGGGGGUGGAUUAAUUAAAGGAGGGUGGAUUAAUUAAAGGAGGGGUGGAUUUAUUGGGGGUGGAUUUAUUGGGGUGGGAUUAAUUAAAGGGGGUGGAUUAAUUAGAGGGGGUGGAUUUAUUAAAGGGGGGUGGAUUAAUUAAAGGGGGAGUUCAAUGUACAUACCGGUACCAUAAAUAAAUAAGCCCUACCCUGAAAAUAAGCCCUAGUGUGUUUUUUGGGACUAAAAUUAAUAUAAGACCCGGUCUUAUUUUCGGAGAAACACGGUAGGCAGCCACUAGAGGUGGAGUUAACCCUGCAAUGUAGUUAUUGAGUUUCUCAAGAACUGCAAUAAUUACAAUUGCAGGAUUAAACUGACAUGUACACUGCAUCCAGACCACUUCAAUGAGCCACAUUGAUUUGGGUGCCUAUAGUGUCCCUUUAACCACAUCCAGCUUCUGCAGAAGCCAUGUGACGACAUGCCACUCAUUGGUUGGCUAAUCGCUUUCAGCAAAUUAAUGAAAUUUAAUGAAAAUAUGCACAGAAUUGCCAUUGUCUAGCCCAUAACUCUUGUUCUGGCUAAUCAUGCACCAGUGACAUGGCCGCAUUUGGAGUCAAAGUGAAAUGCAGCUCAUACAGGCUCUUAAACUGGUAGUAUUGCCAGCUGAUGUACCUGUGAUAACGGUUAAACUAGAAUGCAGUGUCGUCAUCUACCUAUUGUUCCUCUAACAUUUCGUUAUUGUCUCACUUGUUAAAUUCCCCUUUCAAUGUAAAGCACUGUGGAAUGAGCUGGCGCUAUGUAAAUGCCAAUAAUUAUGUUUUUAAUGUUCACUUCCAAUGAUGUUUAUAACGUAUAAAAACUUAAACAGGUGUUCAAAUAAACUCCCAAUUAACCUGGCGUGUUCCAUUACCAAUGGAUUUAUCCAAGCUUUAGAGAAACUGAUAACUGAAACUUUCUCGGGCUGAGCAUCACAAUCGCAUGGGGGGAGGGGGUAAUAACACAAGUUAUAGGUUCGUGUUUUUCUUUAAAUGUUUUGUUCAAUUAUAUAAUUUCUAGAAAAGUGCUAGUUCCCCCUAAGCAUGCUUCCUGUGAUUUCAGCACCGCAACUGUAUGCUCUCUAAUCUUGUAUCAUGUGCUGCUAUUAAACCUUCCUCUUAACUUUUUUUUUUUUUUUUUUUAAACACACGUUAAUGUAUUUUUUAAUUGUAUAUUUGUUUUCCUCUCCCCUCAGCAUACAGCUCUGUGCAGUAUCCACAUAUGUUUGCAUUUGGUGACACAGAUCGAAGCGCAAUGUCCCCUCCUGCUUACAGUCUUUAUGCCAUGGAAUUACCUCCAGCGUACGAAGAAGCUGUAAAAAUGGCCAAACCCAGUGGUGAAGUUGGAACAUCCGCAGCUGUUCCAAAACUUGAAGACAUUACUGAGCAAGAAGGUACUGAGGAAGAGCUCGAUCAUCGUUUGGGGGAGCAAACCAUAUCAAAUGACACCGAAUCACCACCCAACUAUGAGGAGUCUGCAGUUACACUGAGCUAGUUACAGUUCUAGCUAAGUAUAGAUUCGAGACCUGUUUGUACGAAGCAUGGCAUGCUAUCAACAAGGAUCAUGUUCUGCUACAGUUGCUACAGGUUAAGAUCCAAACAAUACCUUUCCUAAAUGAUACAUACAAAGCGUGACCUUCCUAGUGGAUAUACUAGUUGGGUGGUUUUGUUUUGUGUUUGUGGUUUGUUUGUUUGUUUGUGUUUGUUUUUUUUUUUUUUGUUUUUUUUUGUCGUCAUGCAGCAGAACCUAUUAAUGCUUUUGUAUACUCCAUGCAGACAUGGUGUCUCUAUGGAAAUUCCUGGGCUGACCUUUUUACAAGGACAGCUCUGUCUCAAUCAAAGAAAAUGGGAGGAAUUCUUCAUUGGGUAAAUUAAAGAAUCCCUCCGAUUUUCUUUGAUUUAUUUCCCCCAAAGUUACUGGAACGCCCCGAUGUCUUGCUUUUGUGUAGUUUUAUUAAAGCCUGGCAGAUGGGACCCUAUGGAAUAGUUCAAUUGGCUAGGUCUGUCACCUAUGUAGGGGAAGCAGCCUAAACCAAUGCAGACAGUGACCUCCCACAACUUCUGUAUUAUGUGGCCAUCCUCUCUGUUGUGGUUCUUGUGGGAAGUCAGAUUAAUUUGUUUCUGAGACCAUCUUGGAUGCUGACAGGUUUAAAUGGACACUGUAGGCACCCAGACCACUUCAGCUCAUUGAAGUGGUCUGGAUGCUGUCUGUCUUGCAUUUAGUGCUGCAAUGUCUGCCCUCAGUGGCUGUCUACCAGACUAGAGGGCUUCCUGAAUUGAAAAGUACCUUUGGUCUGGUAUCUAAUGCUGGGCGUCCUUGCGCUCUGCACGAGGACAUCCAGUGUCUAAAUUUCUUCCUACGGGGAAAUCCUAAUGCGAGCGUCGUUAUUGCCACACAUGUGCAUUGGGUCUCCGCCGGUGGCUGACGGUGGGGGAGGAGAAUGGGUGGAGCCUGACCCAGCGCCAAGGGACAUCGGCGCUGGAUUCAGGUAACGCGGGAGGGGGUCACUGUAGGGACCUAUAGUGCCAGGAAACCGGCUUUGUUUUCCUGGCACUAUAGAAUUCCUUUAACAUAGUAUCGGUCACCUAAAUAUUUGCGGAUAUUCUGCUAGAACAGUGUCUGGAAUUAUUUUUUUUCUUAAAACCUCCCCUAAUGAAGACCCUGUUCUAAAACUGCUUAUAAUGGUCCCUAGAAUUGGGAAUGGGGGAUGCCAUACCAGGGUUCACAAUGCAAAGCCCCACAAUGAGUGUUAAACACAAUAGAUUUAAAAGUUCCAAAAUGUGGCCUCUAAAAUAAAUUUAUCUCCAAUAUCAAUGAUAGACUUGUUUUAGAAAGAUCUUUCUAUUGUCCUCUAGCACUUUUGCAAAGCAUUUUUAAAAUUGACCGAUCAUGGAUUUUUUAUUUUUGUUUUGUUUAACACUGAUGUAAAGAUCUGCAAUUUAAAUACCACUCCUCUCCCCCUCCCUGCUAAGUACAACUCAACUGGUUGACGUCUGACCACAUGAGCACGUCCAUUCGCUUGUAAUUCACAAAUUGCACCAGCUAUGAAACCAUGUUUCUGUCUUUAUUUUGUUUAUCAGAUAGGCUGGUUUGUUUGGAAUUUUACCAUACUGGUCUUUCAGAGGUUAAGGCAUUUCAUCUAACCUAAUGGAAGCCUUGGUAAAACUUUUUUUUUUUUUUUUUUUUUACGAUUUUUUUUAAGAUCUCAGCUGGCAUAAUACAGUGAGGGCAGGUAAGGGGAGUCCAUAGAUUCCACUAUACAUUCCAUCUACUCCAUGUUCCUCCCUAUUUAUAUCCCUUCUUGGAGAAGGAUUCAUCUUCUAGCAAAUUGCUGGUGUGAGGAGCUCGUUGCUAUGUAACGGAAAUACUUCUAUUAAAAUAAUUCUGUUAUUGAGAACUCGCUGUAUAUAUUAUAUUUUGGAAAUGUAUAGGAAUGUAGAGUAAAGGCUUAAUGUAUUAAUGUUAUAGCUCUGUAAUUGCAAUAUGUAUUGUGUAAAAUAUAUAUUUUUAAUUAACACAGGUGGUCAGGAAAGCCAAAUACAAAUAAUAAAAAAAGUUAAUACUCCAAA